UUCUCUUUUCUCCUACUCUCGUCUUUUAUAUUAUCUUUUCAAGCUAAGCUUCUGGUUGGUCAUGGAGGUUCUCUUCCUCUUCACGGAGACACCUUUAAUUAAAAAAUCCUGCAAAAUAACGGAUAAUUGGAAAAUAUCUACCACUUGAGUGAUAUUCACCCCUCUCUCUCUCCGUCUCUCUGCCACCAUGAACAUGAAUCGCGUCAUCAAGAGCUCUUUGAUGUCUUUGACACGACGCUUCAUUAAUAUUCAUGGCGGUGCGAACCGAUUUCGACCCAUAUGGACUCGUCAAUUUUCCGAUAAUCUUGAACCGGAGCAGUGGGAAUCGCCGGAGGGUGUUGUCCGGCGCGGCACCAACUACGUUCCUUUGUCUCCGAUAAGCUUCUUGGAGCGAUCGGCCAAGGUUUACAGGGACGGGACAUCGAUUGUUUAUGGUUCUGUAAAGUACACUUGGAAAGAGACCCAUCAACGGUGUGUCAAGCUCGCCUCUGCUCUUUCCCAGUUGGGUAUUUCCCGCGGAGACGUUGUAGCAACAUUAGCCCCUAAUAUUCCUGCAAUGCAUGAGCUGCAUUUUGCAGUCCCCAUGGCUGGAGCUGUUCUGUGUACGUUUAAUGCGCGCCACGAUUCAGCCAUGCUCUCAAUCCUACUCAAACAUUCAGAAGCCAAGAUCAUUUUCGUAGAUUACCAGUUCCUUGGAAUUGCUCGUGGAGCACUUGACCUCCUUACAAGUACAGGAACAAAACUGCCUAGUCUUGUCCUAGUUCCUGAAUCUACAGAUUCCUUGCCAUUGAGCUUUACUUCUGAAGCUUAUGAAUACGAAAAAUUCUUAGCAACAGGACGUGCUGAUUUUGACAUAAGACGGCCAAAAAGUGAAUGGGAUCCUAUUAGUGUGAACUAUACUUCUGGCACAACCUCACGUCCUAAAGGAGUUGUUUAUAAUCACCGAGGUGCCUAUCUCAAUUCCCUUGCAACUGUUUUACUUCACGAGAUGAGGUCCAUGCCUGUUUAUCUUUGGACAGUGCCCAUGUUUCACUGCAAUGGGUGGUGCCUUAUUUGGGGAGUUGCUGCGCUUGGUGGCACAAAUAUAUGCCUUAGAAGGGUUUCUCCCAAGGGCAUUUUUGAGAGCAUUGAUCUCCACAAGGUGACACACAUGGGUGGUGCACCAACUGUUUUGAACAUGAUUGUAAACUCACCUGCCAGUGACCAGAAGCCACUUCCUCACAAGGUUGAAGUUAUGACAGGGGGCUCACCACCUCCUCCUCAGAUCAUUUUCAAGAUGGAGGAGCUGGGAUUCACAGUAUCCCACUUGUAUGGACUUACAGAGACUUAUGGUCCAGGAACAUCUUGUGUAUGGAAGCCGGAGUGGGACUGUUUGCCUCUAGAUGAACGUUCAAGGUUGAAAGCACGACAAGGAGUUCAACAUCUUGGUCUAGAGGAAGUAGACGUAAAGGAUCCAGUCACCAUGAAUAGCAUUCCAGCUGAUAGAAAGACAGUUGGCGAGGUUAUGUUCAGAGGAAAUACUGUAAUGAGUGGAUACCUCAAGGAUCCCGGAGCAACAGAAGAAGCAUUCAAGGGUGGUUGGUUUCGGAGUGGUGACCUUGGGGUGAAACAUUCAGAUGGGUAUAUAGAACUUAAGGAUCGGUCAAAGGAUAUUAUAAUCUCUGGGGGGGAGAACAUUAGCAGUGUAGAAGUAGAGACCGUGUUGCAUGGUCAUCCAGGAGUCCUUGAAGCUGCAGUUGUUGCGAGACCUGAUAAUCACUGGGGACAGACUCCUUGUGCAUUUGUGAAGUUGAAGGAAGGGUUUAAUGUUGACGCUCAAGAAAUGAUCAAGUUCUGCCGGGAUCAUUUGCCACAUUACAUGGCACCCAGGACUGUCAUUUUUGAUGAUAUUCCAAGAACUUCAACUGGAAAGGUGCAGAAAUUCCUUUUGAGGGAGAGGGCAAAAGCACUGGGCAGCCUUUUUUGAGUGGGAAGAUAAGCAGUCGCAUUGCUUCAUUGCAUCGGGAGGUAAAGUUACAAGCUGAAAACUGGUGUGUGCAUUUUGUUAGUACCAGUUCUGAAUUCAGAUUGCUUUUUUACCAUCGCAUUGUUGUGAAUGAUUUCUGCUUUCAGUCAAAAUAUAAUUUGGAUGAUGCCAACAAGUCCAUAUGGGAAGCUCUCCUUAUAUUAGAUAUGGCUUUCACAAAAUCAUGCCUGCACCAGAAUUUUUGGCUACUUUUGUAGGCAGGAAACAGAAUAAGAAAGUUGGGUCCGAUGUUGUCUCUUAUGGAGCUGUCGGGAGAAGCAAUGAAAUAGGCUAAGAUCCUAAAGCAGAGGCAGAGCGCUUAUAUUGGAUUAGAAGUUCCAGGUGGCAUUUAAACAUAGUGCUUCAAAAGGAAAUUGUUAUGUUGUAUUUCAUGUUUCUAACCAGAAAAUUGUACAUAUAAUGGUUGUUAUCUGUAAACGUUGAAUAAAUUUUUUUAAGGCAAUAUAACUGUAAGUGAUCCUAUGAAUGAGAUGCAGAAAUGAAUGCCACUUAAAUGUCUCAUUUUGGUGACAUUUUCUGCCAUCAACAAUCUCUAAUAAUAUUAUGCUACAAAAGGCACUCUUUGUUUCUCCAUACAAGUUUACAUUCAAAUACUUUUACAGGAACAAGUACAAUAGUACAAGUACAACCCUCAACCCUUCAAGCUAGUACUCGGGUAAAUAGUUCUUUGAAGGACCGCGCUGAUCA